AUGGACACGUACGAAAUUCCUGCCCAAGCCGGGACCCGGACCCGGAAACAGGCCUACUACUUGAAAAUUGCAGCACAAUAUGAAAUACAGCAAGAUUUGGCCCGAGGGAAGAUCGGAGUAAAAGAGGCCGCGGAUUUACGUACGAAUGCGUCAUUCUCUUCACAUGCUGUUGCAUGUUGUAUAUUGAGUUUUAUGGGCCUAACGGAUCUACUAGUAAAUAGCAUCUCACCAUCCCCGUCGUCAUUGCCUGCCGAAUACAAGACUACGGUUCCAGCAACAAUAUCUAAAGAUAAUACCAAUAAGGAAACUGUCCUAUCGGGCUUACUCACAACACUAGCUUCGCAGCAAAACCAAUCAAGCGCGGGUAGCGAUUUGGGGAUAAUUAGUACUCCUGAAUCUCCUCUCCCGCGUCGGGGCCAAUUGCAAAGGGAAGAUUUUGGCACUCCAAUUACUGAGGGAUACAUGAGUGCCCCACCUAGCUAUAAAACGAAGCGACACGCGGGGGCUGCCCUGCUGUCGCACAAGAUCUUGAAGCACACCCCAACGCAACCGCAGUCCGCUUCUGAUAAUAUUGAAUACAAACUCACUGCUAAAAAUGCCGCGAGUAUGGAAAGAGUUGAAAGAUCACAGGAAGAGGAAUCAACCUCGGCACUAAACGACUUGUGCUUUGGCUCUCCAUAUCCACAAUCGCAACUGGGAAUACGAAUUUCCCGAACAAACCGUCAGGCGACUGAACUAAAUGCCAGCGUCUCUGACACAAACUACACAACCCCUACGUGCACCAUGAUGACCUUGGAUUCCGUCAUAUUCGACCCCACUCAGAAUAAAACGGAAUCCUGCCUUCUAGGGUCUCCAAUUCCAGCUAAUGGAUAUACAGGCAUUCGAAUUGACCCGAAUUGUGGCUAUAUUGAAACCAACGCUGGAACUAAUUCUCCAGCCAGAUCAUUGCAUCUGGCGGCGCCGAUAGAUGAACUAGUUGAAAAAGUUGAUGUUGAUAGUCUUCGACAAAAGGUAAGGGAACUUGAAAGGCAGGUGGCUGAACUUCAGGAGCCAGAGUUUUCCGAGAGACAGACGCUACAUCGUAUAUUCUGUAGUGGUGGAAAGCCAACCGUAUGGCUUGAUCAUCCUCGAGCUAGAAAUACGCGGCGGAAGUGUCAACAUUACGAGGCAAACAUCCCUAUACCAGACGAAAGGGCUUAUUUCAAAAGAAACAAGCACAUCCACUUUGUGGUGUACCAGGAUUUCCAAUGUUGCGGCGAUUCAAUGACCGGUAUCAAAGAAUCAGGAUACGAGAGUUCUGUUUCUUCCACAAGUUCAGACGAUGACGAUGACCCUAGAAUGGCACAACAUCCGUUUUCUAUUAUCUCGAGGGAGUUUGCGGAAUUAAUUUCGUUGCUUCAAGUGAGGGCCAAUAUUAGGGACUGGGACCGCGGAUUUAAACUUUAUGAGCAUAUCGUUGGGCCUCACAACUGUAUACUACGAUACAUUGAACGCAUUAGGGCCACAAUUCUCACUUUCAACCCGCGACAACAACAUCUACUCAAUCUUCUAUUUGAUUUUAUUCAAGAUACUUUUGGGGAUGAGUUUUGUCAAGCCACGAAACUAUUCAGCCACGGUUACGCCUCAGCAGAUACGAUUUGCUAUUUGAUAGGUCCUGAGGAUGUCAUUGUCGGAAAAGACAAUACGCAUAGUCUCCAAGCCUAUAUCGUGCGAACCUGGCCACAAUUAGACCACAAUGGCAAGGUAACCUUUAAGGCAUGGUCAUGGGAGUUCAACGGUCUAUUUUGGAAGAGUGAGAUCAAUAUCAAAUUGGAUUUGAAUAAUAUAUUCGAAGACACAUAUAACGUUCAGAUCAACCAGUUAGAAUACUACCCUCUCAAAUAUGGAGACUCGAAUACUAGAGACUUCCUUGAGAGGCGAGGGUUUCAGUUUUGGAGUUGUCGCUGUAGACGUUUUAUUAACUAUUCCGGAUGGAAUGCAGACAAUGAUGACCAAUUUGUUAAUGUCAGGUUCAUGAUCGAUACCAUGACAUAUCGUAAAAUGCAUCCCCUAUCUCCCGUGGCGAGAGAAGCGCAAGUAGACGGCCUUGGAGAGCGCAUGAAGGAUGACUUGCCCUUGGAAGGUGACCAAAUUCUUAUCCUUCCGUCGACAAUAUACGGUUUUCAUAUCCAAGAAAAGAAAUGGUUUAAUCUGAAGGUUGAGUUUAUUCAAGAUAUAUUAUGGAAUAAAAUGGCAUUUGAAAGUUUGGUAAUAGAUAAUGGCACAAAGGAAUUGGUUUCCGCGCUGGUAGAAAACAAAAUCGCGGCAGAGGCGGGUACGGACAUGAUGAGCAAUAAGGGAAACGGCUUAAUAAUCCUCCUACAUGGUGCCCCCGGUACUGGGAAAACUCUCACGGCAGGCAAUGUUGCUGAACACGCUGAGAAGCCAUUAUAUCGAGUAACAACGGGAGAUGUGGGAACAGAUCCAGAAGCGGUUGAAAAGUAUCUAACAUCUGUAUUCUACCUGGGAAAGGUUUGGGGGUGCGUUGUCCUUCUAGAUGAAGCGGAUGUGUUCUUGGAAGAACGGACCCUAUCAGACCUUACACGAAACGCCUUGGUGUCUGUAUUCCUUCGAGUGCUAGAGUACUAUGAUGGAAUUUUGAUAUUGACGAGUAAUCGAGUCGGAACUUUUGACUCUGCCUUCAAAUCCAGAAUCCAGCUCGCCCUCCACUACGACAAUUUGACUCACCAACAGAGAAUAAAAAUCUGGCAAGGGUUUAUCAAAAGACUCGAGGACGUCGCUUACGAUGACAUCGAUAUAGAUGAACUCAGCCUCGACAAAAAUAUCAAAAAGCUAGCGAAACACAACCUCAACGGCCGGCAAAUUCGCAAUAAUAUCACAACUGCGCGACAGUUAGCGUUAUACAAGAAGGAGCAGAUGAAUAUGAGCCACCUAGAGAGUGUGAUAGAGGUAUCCCUGAAAUUUGAAAAUUAUUUGCAGAAGGUUAAGUCUGGAACCGACGAAGAUUUAGCUAGAGCUGAUGCAAUACGGUAG